ACUCCUCCUUCCAGACAUUUGUGUGCAUCCUCCCUGCACCUGAUAUAUACAGGUGAAUAUAUAUAUAUUUAUUUGCAUUUCUAAUAACAAGCAGAAGUCCUUGUGGAGCAUGCAGAACAGCGGCUUCCAGAGCCAGCUGCUGUCCGUCAUGGAGGUCCUGGCCAAGGCGGCCGUGGCGGAGAUCCACCGGAGCGUGGAUGACAGCUGCGCGGUGCUCCGGCUGGAGGUGAGCCAGAGCCGGCGGGACAUCGAGCUGCUGCGGAGGAAGUGUGAGGCGAUGGAGGCAGAGCUGAGGAGGAGCCGGAGGAGAGCCAGGAGGAGAGUGUUUUAUCCUCCUGCAGCCGAGAGGUUCUCCCCUUUAGUCAAAGUAGUGCUGCACAGAGAGAGACAGAGCACAGGCUGGGACGCUGAGGCUCAAGAUCAACCCCAGCAGUGUGCCGACGUGGAGCCGGCUAACGAAGCUGAACACAUACUGAUCAAAGAGGAGUGUGAAGAGGAGACGAACGACUCGGAGGACAAACUGAUCUCUGGAGCCGAGCAGCAGCCGCGUUUCGACGCCUCACAACCGGCCCAGACUGACAGCUUCGUAGAGCGUUACCACUCUGCUGAGAACCCAGCCGACCCUGGAUCUCUGGUUUCCCCCGCAGACGUCUACGACACUUUCCCAGAGCAGCAGCUGGACGGACACCGAAGCGAGGCAGAGCUCGUGGUGAAACACGAGAACGAGGAAGAGCCCGACGAGAAUGCAGCUCCUCUCGAUCCAACCCACAGGUUUGAGACGGAGGAAGUCGACCGUCAGCUGUGGCCGUCCGACCCGUGCGGAGACGCCGUUGAUCCGAGCUUCUCGGGCGCCGAGCAUCAGUUUGAGCCGAUUCCCUUUGUGUUCCCGUCACAGAGUGGGAUGCAUUUGGAGGACACGGUGCCUCAAAUUCACUCGGUGGGGAAAUCACAUUCAGUCCUGGUGAGUGCAGCACGCGUGAAGAGAAGAGCCAGAGCGUUGGGAUGUAGGAGAUCGCAACCAGAGGAAGGACACAGUGCGUUGUCUCAGAUUAACACCAUGGAUCAGUGCUUGAUUCCUCAACAAUCACAGAAUCAAGUGAGGAGCCAACACGAGGAUUUGACGCCGCCAAACCAAGCAGCAUCUUCUUUCUGCAUGAACAACCGAAGCAGCAGCAGCGGCGGCGGCGUUGGCGGCUUCGGCCUGGCGAGGAGGAUGAGGACGCCCUGGAGGUCGGGCAUCGGCGAGAAGAGGUUCAGCUGCACGUACUGCGACAAAAGCUUCGUGAGGUUCAGUCAGCUCAAGGAGCACCUGAGGAGCCACACGGGGGAGAAACCGUUCAGCUGCCUGCAGUGCGGCCGGAGCUUCACCAAACAGUGCAACCUCAUCCGACACGCGGUGGUCCACAGCGGAGAGAAACCCUACGAGUGCUCGCUGUGCGGGAAGUGCUUCACGCAGCGCUCCAGCCUGAAGUCGCACCAGAAAACAGCACACUGAGUUCACAGGGGUUUAUUUUAUACAUCGGAUUGAUAAGUUAGUUUUUGGAUGUAAUUUUGUUGUAGUGUUUUUAUUAUAUUAUUAUAGUAUUUAAUACAAUUUUGAUAAAAAUGAGACUGGAAUGGUAAUACUGUAUCAUCAUAUAGCUUUAAUGUGGUUUCAAGUUCAACUACAUGUAUGUAUAUUUUGAAUUUUAGGUUUUUUUGUAGUAUUUUUCCUUUAGUGGCUCUAGGCAGACACUAGUUGCCAUUGUUUUCGGUCAAUACAGUCAAUAACUGACAAAAAUGUCUGUAGAGAAUUGAAUUGACUGCCUGAAACUGGAGGGGAAAGACACUAAACUUUCUAAAGACAGUAAAUGGUCAGAACAUCCGAUCCGACCUGGUAUGGCCCUUUAAAUGUGUAACUUCCUGUCUUGAAAUUGCUCCAUUUGUUUAGAUGAGUUAAAGAAACACCUUUGCUUCUUUUGUGAUAUCAGCACUGUUAAUGUUUUUAUUUCCCAAAAAUAUUUAUUGUAUAUUAAUAUCUUUUUAAAAGCACAAAAAGUCCCAUUAUAUUGUUAUAUAUAUAUAUAAUGGUUUUUUUUACAUGUUGUUUAAUUGUUGUGACAUACAGUGAUGGACAUUAGGAGAGUUCUCCACUCAGAUAGAAAUAUGAAGGAUACACUAAUUAAAAUAUUUUAAGAAUAAGGAUGUCAGGUGUUCUGCUGGUCCAACAUUUCACCAAACUCUAAAUUCUGUCAGAUUUAUUGGUGCUAGAGGUGAACUAUGGAAGACAGGACCAAAUAUUAGUAUGGAUAUGAUUUGUUGGGUCAUUUUUAUGUAAGACAUUGUAGGUGAAGUCUGCAUUAGUCCGUCUGUUUCUUUAUCAUUUCACUGCAGUUUGGUUUUAAGCAAAGCUUUGUGGGAAAAGUCUGCACUAUAUUAGCUCUUAAUGAUCAUGUCAGUCUCAAAAAACUUUGUUAAUGAGCAAAAGUGAUGCUGAGCUUGUACACAGUUCGGGCCUCUAAUGUUUGAUCAUUAAAGUCAUUGCUUGAU